AUGAAGAAGUCUUAUCACCAGCUGGCCAAGAAGUACCAUCCGGACCGCAACUUCGGCAACGAAGGAGAAGCUGAGGCGAAGUUCAAAGAUCUCGAAGCCGCCUUCGCUAUCCUCGGUGACGCCGCGAAGCGGGAAGCGUACGACUCGUCGCACCCCGAAGCAGGAACCGAACCGUACAAUCCUUGUGCGGCCGUCGCGUGCCCAAAGCAUGCCAGAUGCAAGCAGAACCAGCUGGAUGAGCCCUACUGUAAGU